UGUGGACAGCCUGGCAGUCGCACACUUUCAUUUGAGAACAACAAAGUAAAGACUGUGUGUGUCUGCACGUGCUGCUGUGUGUGUGUUUGUCAACAAACACAGAUAAAGAUGGCUGUCAACAACUUUCACUUGAACGACUUCAUGGCUGGAUGGAUUGGAGGGGCGUCCAGUGUGGUGGUGGGGCAUCCUUUGGACACGGUGAAGACACGACUUCAGGCAGGCAAAGGUUACCAGAACAUGACCCACUGCAUGCUCAGCAUCUACAGGAAGGAGACGGUGGCAGGCUUCUUUAAAGGCAUGUCAUUCCCCGUGGCCACCAUCGCAGCCUACAACUCUCUCGUCUUUGGCUUCUUCAGUAACGCUCAGAGGUUCAUCAGCAAGUAUCGCUAUGGCGACGGGCGCCACGCCUGCAGCAAGCUGGACCUGACCGUGGCCAGCAUGCUGACCGGACUGGUGUCGGUGGGCGUGGGCGCCCCCGUGGACCUGGUGAAGAUCCGGCUGCAGAUGCAGACGCAGACGCCGCUGCUGACGGAGAAUUUCCAGCUGGCCGGUGGCGUCUCCGGCGAGAGCAACAUGGUGAUGCGCGUCGCGCACUCGUCCAGCCAGACGCUCUACCGGGGCCCCGUGCACUGCAUCAGCAGCAUCCUGCAGGCCGAGGGCCUCCAGGGGCUGUACCGCGGAGGCGGGGCCAUGGUGCUCAGGGACGUCCCGGGUUACGUCCUCUACUUCCUGCCUUACACCGUCUUCUGUGACCUCCUGAGGCCCGACGCCGCCUCCAACCCGCACCCUUGCGCCAUUUGGUUGGCAGGCGGUCUGGCAGGGUCUAUUUCCUGGGUGACGGCCACACCCUCCGACGUGGUGAAGAGCCGCAUGCAGGCGGACGCUGGGCCGCACAGGAAGUACAGAAGCGUGGCCAACUGCAUCCUGCACAGCUACAAGACGGAGGGAGUGCAGGUGUUCUUCCGCGGUGCGUCAGUCAACGCCAUCCGAGGCUUCCCAAUGAGCGCCACCAUGUUCCUGGCCUACGAGCUCUCCUUGCAGUUCCUCGGGAGCUUCUAGAACCUUCUUGGAAGAGCAGAGACUCCAAAGUGGCGCUCCUCCCCGUGACGCUAGCGUCGCAGGCUAACAUAGCACGGCUAGCAUAGCAAGCUAAUGUAGCACGCUAACGUAGCUAAUUUGCGGCAAUGCUUCGCGCUCAAGCUAAAGCCAUGCUAAGCUAACUGCUGGCUGCUUCGCUGGCUCGACUCGUUUUUUCUAUCGUCGAUGUUGGCACAACCUGAAUUGUCGGGAGUGAAAUUAUUAGCAGGGUGCAAAACGUGCUGACAUUUUCCACGUUCACGUCUUUUGACACGCUACGCAACACUUUUUUUGUUUGUGUGAGGAGAAUGUCGUGUAAAUAUUUUCUUAUAUUAAGAACAAUU